AUGCUAAAGGUCAAUUCCGAUUACCUCAAAGACCCAAAAUUCUACGAACAGAUGGGCGUUCCCGAUGCAAUGGGAACUAUAUGCGAUCCCCAUAAACAUCGCAUCUUGCGUCGCCGAGUGAACCCACUGUUUAGCCAACAGGCUGUCGAUAAAAUGGCUGGAGACAUCCAAACGACAAUCAAUCAUGCGUGCGAUCUGAUUACAGAAUCCUUUGACGCUCAAAAUUUCAUCCGCGCAAUCGCAGGAGAUGUUGUCUCUACCCACUAUUUCGGAGAGAACAUGAGCCUAAUCGACAGACCCGGGUACGCGCACAAACUAUGGGAUGGCAUCGACACCCUAGUCGGCCAGAUGUGGUAUAUGAUUCACAUUCCAUAUCUCGCUACCAUCCUAGCUGAGCUACCGAGUAUUCUUCUCAAGAUCUCACUCCCUGGAUUAGCAGGUCUGAUAGAGGUGUGCAUGCGCCAUUCUGAAAAAGCCCUCGAACGAAAUAAAACCAGAUCUGCAUCAGUUGAAACGGACAACGCCACCUUCUUCGAUCUCCUAACAACACCAUCCCCGGGACAACAGCCAGUCCAUCUCAGCCAAGAGGAUCUAGUGAACCACGGCCUAAACCUCGUCGGCGCAGGCGUAGACACAAUAUCACUCACCAUGACAGUCGCGCUCUAUCACAUUCUCUCAUCUCCGGAGAUCAAAAAUCAGGUGUGUCGCGAGACACGAGAAGCAACGCCUUUCAUUCGAGACGAGCUUGAUUCGCAACGAGUUCGAACACUGCCGUAUCUAGGAGCCGUUAUCAAAGAAACUCUACGCAUGUACCCCCCGGUCCCGGGUCGAAUGCCACGCAUUGUCCCGCCACAGGGCGAAUCGUAUAAUGGGAGUUUCAUACCCGGUGGUACGAUUGUAUCGAUAUCCCCGUACACGAUCCACCACGAUGCUACAUUAUUCUCCGAGCCAAACAUCUUCAAGCCCGAGCGGUGGCUAGGUGACAAUACACUUGAGAUGGAAAGGGCUCUUAUACCAUUCAGCACUGGCAGUCGCAUGUGCCCUGGGAUCCAUCUAGCGUAUCUUGAGAUCUACAUGACCCUCGCGACGCUAUUUAGUCGAUUCGUACUUGAGCUUGAGAGUCCGCUACCGAGGCCGGAGUUGGAGUGGACGGAUCAGUUUGUCAUUGUAUUUGAUCAUCCGGUCAAACCAACAGGUGCUGAUACCGUCGAGGGGACAGUGGACGUGACACAAUGGAGACGGCUGCGACAUGAGUUGACGGAUACAGGGGUAACUACGAGACGCGAUUCUAGGAUGAUUUACAAAGCUACAUCUCUUCUCCAACCUCGAGCCACUGGCUCAAAACUUGAUGAAAAGAAAAAUAUCCACGAAUGGAGGGUGCCAAAGAAUACGCCUGUCAAUGACCCGAAGGCCAUUGAACAGUCUGUUCCUCCGCGCUGUGCAAUGCAGGGACCAGACUGUGGUGAACCGCCUUGA